CUUCUGUAUCAAAGAGGUUGAUGAUGGGCAUCGUCCUACUACUUAUUUAGAUAAAGUUGGAUAUGUAAACUUGAUUACAAAUAUGAAGAAAGCAACUGGAAGAGAUUACACUAGACCACAAUUGAAAAAUAAGUGGGAUGGAUUAAAAAAUGAAUGGAAGCUUUGGAAGCAACUCAAGGGAAAAGAAACUGGCUUAGGAUGGAAUAUAAAAAAGAAUACAAUUGAUGCAACUGAAGAUUGGUGGAAUAGUAAAUUACAGAGUCAUCCCGAUGCUGCAAAGUUUCGCAUUCGGGGAAUUGAACCAGAGGUAGAGGAAAAAUUAGAUAGGAUUUUCAUGAACACUGUUGCUACAGGAGAGUAUGCUUGGACACCUUCAUCUGGAAUAAUUCCAUCUGAGUCUGAAAAACCUUUUAACAAUAUUGAAACCUUACAUGAACAACUUGAGAGUAGUGACGAUGAUCUAGAGAUGCCUAAUACUGAUAGAUUUCUUAGAGAGAAAAAUAACAAGAGAUUAGCCGAGCCACUUGAGAAACAAAAUAAAGCAAUGAAACAUGGAAAAGGAAAAAUGAAGAAGACAGGGCCUUUAAUGAUAUUUGAACAAAUUGGUCGCCUUGCUGAUGCUGUGGAGACAAGGAGUAGAAAUAUUGAAACAGCUAGAAAGGAGAAUAGUAUUACCGAAGUUAUGAAAAUUUUAAAUUCUUUGCCUGGAAUUGAGAAAGGGAGCAGCUUGUAUUUAUUUGCAACUCGCUUGUUUAUCAUGAUAGAGAAGAGAGAGAUGUUUGCUUCAUUGGAAGAACCUGAGUUGAUGCUUACUUGGCUCAAGAAUGAGCAUACUCUGGGAUAAUUAUAAUACUAUGACUUAUAGUAG